UGUCCAAUUUAUGCAUUUAAAGAUGAAAUAUGUCACAUAUUUUCUUAUAUGACAUACUUUGACACGAAAACAAGCUAUAUAUUGGUAUAUAUGCAUGCUAAUAGAAUCGCGUUUCCCACGCACGUUUUGCAGCCCUUGCUUGUCAUGAUUUGGAGCGUUCAGUUUGCUGGAUGAUGCUUCACCAGCGUACCAGAAGGUUAAAAUUACGCGCGUGAAGUUCCAGUUAAUAGGAGAUGCGAUAUCUUAACAGUUAUCUAUCAACGAUAUCCGUAACUUGUACGGAAAUGAUUUUAUAUUUAUAAAACGUUUACACCCAUUGCAUUCCGUUGUACGCGUACGUUUAUACUGCAAUGUCCACGUGAACACAAAAAAUCAAUAGUUUGAUAUUAUUUAUAUUAAAAUGACUGAAAUAAUAUUUGAUAUUAAGUUUUUUUGUCACGCAGUGUCAAUAGUUAACCAAUUUGAUUUAAGUCAAAUUUUGAUGGGUUCUAGUUUAUACCGCUCGAUAGUUUUGUCGGUAUUCUCACCGUUUUGGAAAAUUUGUGACGUCGUGCAGAUUGUGACAUUGUUUCACAGUUGAAUUGCUGUGUGAGGCAUCAGAAGCAUAAGCGAAGCAGAUGAAGGGGAAAAUGGCUCACACUAUUCUGCUUGUGCAGGCAACACACAAGCCAGAAACGAGGACAUACUCUGAUUAUGAGUCUGUGAAUGACUGCAUGGAAGGAAUUUGUAAAAUAUUUGAAGAACACUUGAAGAAGAUGAAUUCAGAUUGCCCUUCCAUAACUUAUGACAUCAGUCAAUUAUUUGACUUUAUGGACCAGUUAAAGGACCUCAGCUGUCUUGUAUUCCAGAAACACUCAAAGUCCUACAUACCACACAAUAAAGACUGGGUGAAGGAAAAGAUAUACAUCAUGCUGAGACGCCAGGCAUCAAAAUAAAGAUGAAUUAGAACUGUUUUAGCACAGGCAUCAAAAUAAGGAUGGAACAGUCUUGAACCGGGAAUGAUGUUUUAUACAAGAUUUUUAUUCUUUAAUGAAGUGUAAUCUGUAUAUGAAGUUUUAGUCAUCAGGAACAUUGAAAAGGAAAUGGCAAAACUGACAAUUCAGCUAAUUGGGAUAAUGUAUUGAGAGCAGUGCAUGACCAUGUUCCAAAAUCACAUAAAGUUCUUUCUUUUCUAUUAGGAAAGUGAUGUUUAUUUCCGUAAUAAUCAUAUAUAAACAUCUUAAUAAGAUUUAUGUGGAUGAGAUGACAAACCAUCGAAUAAUUAUCAGUAAAAUAUGUGUAUGAGGCAUUUUUCGUUGAAUUUGUGCUCCUGAAGUGAUUAGAUCAUAUAUGUUUUGAGUGAUGUAAAUCAACAGAGGAUAUUUGCCAAGACUGUUUAUUUUAAGAAAGGAAAUCAAAGAAUUUAAAUGGCUUGACAAGUUAACAUGACAUUGUUUUGUUGGCUUGACUCCUUUUUAAAUCCGAGUAUUUUCCAUUUCCAUGCAAUGAAGCAACACAAGACUCUGAAUGGACAUAAAAAUAAAGGAUGAUUAUCACUAGAAAUUUUGCCUUCAACCAAAGAGGAAUAGGGUGAUUGUGAUAUAGGGGCGAUGUGUCUUAAAAUCUCUAUUUACUGGUUAAUUCAAGAAUGUACAUAUAUUGUAUAUAUUAAUAUGAAAAUAUGUACAAGGUUGUGAUAUGUACCUGUACAAAAGAAAUUAAUUUUAAUUUUAAAUGUCUUCAAUGUGUGUCUGGUUUUAAGACAGCAAAUGAUGAUUUGAAAACUUUAACUUAUGUAAUGAAUUGUAAAUUCAAUUAAAAUGAGUAUUUAAAUUGUUUUCACAAUAUUUGUUUACCUGGUUUGAUAACAACCAAUGUGUCUUUUAGAAGUAAAAUAACUAACAUAGCAUUUUAACAUUGAGAUGUUGACUUGCAAUAAGACUGGUAUCAUGGUUAGAGAAAACAACUUCCAUUUUCACAACAUAUUUCUCUCAUAUUCUAUGUGAUAAAGGAUCUGACAGUAUAAAUGAAUGUUCACAUUGAAUAUGUUCAGAGGUAUAUCAAAGCUUCUUUAUGUAAUAUGUUUAUCAUUAAUUUAUAGUUAAGUUAUUAUGUCCCCCAAAACAAAGUGGGGGGACAGAUUGUGUUUGCUCCGUUUCUUAUUAUUAUUCUUCUGUCUUUCCGUUGUGAACUUGUCCAGCGAUUUCCUCCUAUACUACUGGACGGAUAAUUAUUAAACUUCACAUGAGUAUUGGUGGGGGUAGAAGGUGUGCAACGCGCAUGUCUCGCAACGAAAUUCAAAAUGGCCGUCAUUUUGUGGCCUUUGAUUGGUCGAAAUUUAGAUAUUGUUCAAUUUAGUGAAAAUUGGUACAUAUGGGUAUUGAGGAAAGCCGAACACAAAGGUACCACUUUCGAAAACCUGUGUUGCCAUGGUAACAUGAUUUACAACUGUUGGAGUAGUUUGGGGGACAUUUUAAUAACGGCCGCUGUUACAAUUAGUACUUGUUUUGUAACUAUCAUUCAAGGUUGGAUGUUUGUGUUUUACAGUGAGCUUUUGCCUUUAGCGUAUAGCUGUAUGCUACCUGUAUUGCAAGUGUAGGGUAUAAACUUGACAGCUGCUUUCACCUUAGACCAUCUGAACCAUAUAACAUACAUGUAUGUAUUUCACAAUUUGCUUGACAAAGGAAAUUCAGUGUUAAUGGAAAGCUUGAAAAUUAACCUGAGGAACCUUCUUGUUUUAAUGUAAAAACUUCAUGACCCCACUCACUCCAAGCAAACAAUGUUUGGCUGUAAACAUGUAGACUAAACUAAGCGUACAUGAUUUAAUAUGGUCAAUUUAUUAGUUAAAGAAUACUCAUCGUCAUGUUUUGUGGGAAGCUUUGAUGAUAUGUUAAAUUAUUGUAAAAGGAUGGGACACUGAAAAAGCAGAAUGCAGUAUAUAUGGGUAGGUGUUUUUUUACUGAGGAUUAGCUGGUUUAAUAGUAGAUGCAUGAUCUGUUGCUUGAUAAUAAUGUUAAUCUUCCCUGUGAAUAUUUAAUGCUGUAGUGCUUUAUUAUUUGUUAUAUAUGCUAAUACACAAAAUCGUGGAGUGAAAAGUUGCGCAUGAAGCUUCUGUUCUUGUCAAGUCAAUUAGUGCACUAUUUGCUGUUUAUUUUCUUAGAAAUUUGUAUCUGUGGGAAAUUAAUGAAAUAUAGAAGUAUCUAAGAUUGUGAUGAUAAAAUUGUACUAUUCUGGUAAAUUGUGACAUAGCGACAUUUUUGUAAUAAAAUGAUGAAGAUAA